ACGGUUGCUGGAAAUUUAAUGGUAAAACAUAAGUAUCCUCAAUUUGCAUCCGACCUGUUUCUCCUAUUUCAAGUUAUAGGGGUUGAAUUGACGAUAAGGUCCUUUGAUUCAGUAAGAACAGUAACAAUGGAGAAUUUUAUGAAGGAAGAUAUGAAAGGAAUAAUAAUUUUAAACGCGCUAUUUCCACCGCGCACUAAAAUGUACAAGUUAAUCACAUAUAAGGUUGCUGCAAAAUCACGUAAUGCACCUGCAAUAGUUAACGCUGGUUUUAUUUACAAACUCAAUUCUGAAAAUCAAGUAUUGGAAUGUAGGAUUACUUUCGGCGGUCUCUCUUCAGAUUUUAGUCGAGCAACCAACACGGAAAAGGCUUUGAUUAAAAAGCAAUUAUUUAGUAAUGAUACUUUACAAGAGGCAUUACAAAUUUUAUCAACAGAAAUUAAAAUUAAUAAAAAUCCGUCACAAUCUUCAGUUGCUUACAGAAAACAGCUUGCUCUUGGUCUCUUUUAUAAAAGUCUUCUAUCCAUCAGUCCUGAUAAUAUUAUACACCCAAGAUAUAAAUCUGGAGCUCUCAAAUUGCAUGAAAUUCGUCCAGUGUCUAAGGCCUCUCAGUCCUAUGAUACCAAUUUGAAUCUUUGGCCUCUCACUCAGCCCAUUCCUAAAUUUGAAGCUUUGAUUCAAUGUGCAGGAGAGUCGGAAUAUGCCGAAGAUUUACCAAGGUUGCCUAAUGAAGUGUACGCCGCUUUUGUUCUUAGUACAGUUGGGAUUGGAACAAUAGAAAAUAUAGAUGCCAGCAAAGCAUUGAAAGUCGACGGGGUCAUAGCAUUUUAUACAGCUAGUGAUAUUCCCGGUUUGAAUUCUUUUACGCCAGUUGACGGUUUUGACACAGGGGUAAAUGAAGAAGUGCUCUGCAUGAGACAGAUUAAGUAUUAUAAUCAACCCAUUGGAUUGGUUAUAGCCGAAGAUAACACUAUAGCUCAAAAAGCUGCACUCCUAGUGAAAGUUACAUAUAGUAAUGUGCAAGUGCCAAAAAUUGAUAUUCGUAUCAAUAAAAUGGACUCGAGUAAAACAACAUUAUAUUAUUUUAAAAAAGCGACAUCAAAGGGUUCUGAUAUAAAGAAGGUGAUAGGAGGCAACAAUUCGACGAUCGGACAAUAUCAUUUCUGCUUGGAAAACAUGGCUGCAAUAAGCUGGCCACUUGAAGAUUCUUUGAAAGUUCGCCCAACUUCACAUUUCAUAGACUCUGACCAACUGAUGAUAUCAAGAAAUUUAAACAUUGAACAAUCCAGGCAAUAUUUUUAUAAACUGUUUUACACACGGAACAUUAUUUACAUUAUUAAUUUCAUCAAUACAAUUAUUUACAUUAUAUUUUUCUCGUCUGUGCAUUUCAGCAUCGAUAUUGCCGUUCGUAGAGUUGGUGGUAGCUUUGGAAUAAAGCUGUCGAGACAAACCUUAGUGUCAUGUUCAAGUUCUCUUGGCGCCUAUAAGCUGAACCGUCCUUGCAGGAUGACACUUCCAAUGUCUGUACAAAUGAGAGCUAUUGGUAAAAGAAUGGCAUCGUCUACAGUUUACGAGCUUGGUGUGAAUCAUGAAGGUCUUAUCCAAUAUAUUAAUUACGAUAUUUACUAUGAUAAUGGCUACAUUGUAAACGAGCGUCUGAUACAAUCAUCAAUUCAAAAUUUUUUAAAUUGCUAUAGAAUUAAUAUGGCAAAUUUUAAAUGUUUUGAUGUCAUUACUGAUACGGCAUCAAAUACAUGGUUUCGGUGCCCAACAACUGUUGAAUGCAUUGCAAGUACUGAAUUUAUUAUGGAAAGAAUCUCUUAUGAAUUGGGGAUAGAUUCUCUUCAAGUUCGUCUCACCAAUUUGGACACUGAUCAUUACUGUGACCUAGUGGAAAUGAUAAAAAAUAUCCAAUCAAGCUCUAAUUUUGAGGAACGAAAGAAAAAUGUCAAAAAAUUUAAUACAGAAAAUAGGUGGAAGAAAAGGGGAAUUAGGUUAGUUCCUAUGAGAUGGAGUACAACAUUACCUUUUGCUUUUAAUGUAACAGUAUCAGUAUACCAUGGUGAUGGUUCCGUAGCAAUAACUCAUGGUGGAGUUGAAAUCGGGCAAGGUAUUCAUACGAAAGCAAUACAAGUGUGUGCCUACUGUCUUAAUAUACCGGUUGACAAAAUCAAAAUAAAGCGAACAAACUCGAUAGAUAGUCCUAAUAGUUCUCACACAGCUGCAAGUAAAACGACCCAAAACAUUCUUAUCGGAGUUAAGCGGGCUUGCAAAAGUAUAUUGGAAAGACUUGAACCUAUCAAAACUAAAAUAACCAACCCAACAUGGGAACGGGUAAUAUCUAAAGCCCAUCAAUUGGGUAUCAAUUUACAAGGGAAUGGUUUUGUGGACUUCAAUGACGAAACUGAGUAUAAUGUUUAUGGCGUAGCUGUAAGUGAGGUAGAAGUAGAUAUCAUAACUGGAGAGUGGGAAAUCAUUAGAGUUGAUAUACUGGAAGAUGUUGGCCAAAGUAUUAGUCCUUUACUGGAUAUUGGGCAAAUUGAAGGAGCAUUUAUUAUGAGUUUAGGAUUCUGGACAACGGAAGAGUUGAAAUAUAAUAACAACACGGGACAGAUACUUACAGAUAGAACUUGGAAUUAUUUUGUACCACAAGCCACAGAAAUUCCACAGGAUUUUAGAGUGAAUUUACUGAACAAUUCUUACAAUAAAAAAACUAUGUUUGGUUCAAAAGCAUUGUCUGAACCACCCAUGAGCUUAGGUGUGGUUGUACCUUUAGCAAUGAGAGAAGCUUUAGUAUCUGCUAGAACUGAAUGUGGAAUACCAAGCACACAAUGGUUCAAUAUCGAUGGUCCACACACUGUAGAAAAGUUAUGUUUGUCGAGCGGAACCAAAAUAGAUCAUUUCAAAUUUUACUGAUGGCGAAUGAAUAAUUUUUAAAUGGGAAUCUAUAUUUUUCAUAUUCCUUUUUACGCAUAACAAACUACUAUCGUAUAUGUUCCAAUCUUAACUUCUAAUAUAAAAGAGCAACAACUAAGUAUUCAUUUUCAAUUGGGCAUGACCAUCAUUUUCCUCCUAGACAUAUAGAAUAGCAAAAUAUUUUAAAUUUUCAUAGCCUAUAAUGCUAAUAUCUUUUUAAUUGCUACCUGGAAUGAUGUUUGUAAUAGUAAUUCCUGCUGAUGUAGAUUUAUUAAUAAAGUAACAUUCUAAGUAAAAUGCGUACCAAGUUCCAAAUAAUAUUUCAGCAUGAUGUGUGCCGUACUGGGUGAUAAAUAAAAUGGAAAAUAUUUGAUAAGUUUCAUUGACAUUAUUAACAUUUAGAUAACAGGAACGUGAAUUUCAAAAUUUGCCAGUUAAAAAAAAACUGUAACAUACUUUAGUAACGGUUAUUUUCAGUAAACGUGAAAAUUAAAAUAAUAGCUGUGAUAAAGUGAUAUCUUUAUGGUUUUUGCUCCUUCUGAGCUAUUGCUACUUUUAAUAUACGUAGAUAUUUUAGCGUCUUCCUUUUUAAAAUUGAGAAUAAUUCAUCACCAUUAUCGCCACUAUUUAGAACAGUAUGAAGAAUUAGAUUCUGGCUUAUUUAUUUAUUCCACCUUUUUUCAUCCAGGGAUAAUUCAAAAUAAUAUAAACAACUAAAGAGGGCCUUAUCGUUAAAAUAUU